AGAUUUUGCAAAGCGUCCUAAGCUGACGUCACGCCGGUGAGCUGCCGGCAGCGUUGAAGUACGAAACUGAAGCUGCUGUCCCUUUAACGUUUACCUUCGGGGACCUUCAUCUUUCUGAUAUCCCACUCAAUUCCCUACAGAAAAAGUAAAAAAAAACCCCAAGUCAACAUGGCCUUCGAUGUGCGGAGAUUUGAUAUCUACAGAAAAGUUCCAAAAGACCUGACACAGCCAACUUAUACCGGAGCCUUCAUUUCCAUUUGCUGCUGUCUUUUUAUUCUUUUCCUGUUCUUGUCAGAGCUCACUGGAUUCAUUGCCACAGAAAUCGUAAAUGAACUUUAUGUGGAUGACCCAGAUAAAGACAGUGGAGGAAAGAUAGAAGUCAAUCUGAACAUCAGCUUACCGAACUUGCACUGCGAUCUUGUUGGAUUAGAUAUUCAGGAUGAAAUGGGCAGGCAUGAAGUGGGUCAUAUAGACAACUCCAUGAAAAUCCCACUCAACAACGACUAUGGCUGCAGGUUUGAAGGAAAAUUCAGCAUUAACAAGGUACCUGGGAACUUCCAUGUAUCAACUCACAGUGCCACUGCCCAGCCACAAAACCCUGAUAUGACGCAUAUUAUUCACAAGUUAACAUUUGGGGACAAGCUGAAGGUUGAUAAUGUUCAGGGAGCUUUCAAUGCCUUAGCAGGAGCUGACAGGCUAGCAUCAAACCCUCUGGCAUCUCAUGAUUAUAUUUUAAAAAUAGUUCCUACAGUUUAUGAAGACAUGGGGGGCAAGCAAAGAUUCUCCUAUCAAUAUACUGUUGCAAAUAAGGAAUAUGUGGCCUAUAGUCACACAGGACGAAUUAUCCCAGCCAUCUGGUUCCGCUAUGACCUGAGUCCUAUCACUGUAAAGUACACUGAGAGACGGCAGCCUCUGUACCGCUUCAUUACCACGGUCUGCGCAAUCAUAGGAGGAACAUUCACAGUGGCGGGGAUCAUCGACUCCUGCGUCUUCACUGCUUCUGAAGCCUGGAAAAAGAUUCAGCUUGGCAAAAUGUCUUGAAAGCACAUCGGUGACAUGCUGCUCUGCCAAAAGGGGACAGUUGGUGCCUAAGCAGUUGCACGAGAUUUUUUUUUUUUUUUUAAACCUGGGCAAUUUGUGCAGAGGGGGCCGAAUGAAACAAUCUAUAGUUCUAUUCCUUUUUACAAAAAGAAAUAAAUAUUUAGGUUCUUUAGCCAUAAUUCCAUUGGUAAAUGUAUUCCCAAAUUGAGAAUUCACUUCACUUCACAUUGCCUUUGUCAAGUGUCUCACGCUGUUCAGUUUCCCAGUCCUAUGCGAGUGCCCUGCAGUUACACUGAACAAAUGCAAAUCAUGACACACCGUCGUAUCCUUGUUAGUUAUAUAGUGUCAGUCUGUUCAUCGUAUUAAUUAUAUGGUAAGGUAACAUAAACUGAAGCCUGAAAUCCUCUAUGAUUCGACAUAUUUUCCAAUAAAAGUGACUUUUUUUUUCUUUUUUUUAUUGAAGGGAAUAUCAACAUUGUGUCUUCUUUUAGGAAUCGUAUGUCAUUUCAAAGGACGGUGCUGAGCUCCUUCUAAGAAGUCCUGUAAUAUAGGCAUGUACACAGACUGAACAGCAGAGGGUGCUCUAUGGUAGACAAAGUCGUUUUAGAGAACAUACGGAGUUCAAUAUUUAACUCCACACAAGUAAUGUGGCAACACCAUGACAAAUGAAUACAUUGCAGCAUUAUGUUGAAAAAGUUAAGUUAAAUUCAAUUAAAUUAAUUUUUUUUUUUUUUUUAACGAGUGAAGGUGUUUUGGUGUGUGUCUCAUAUAUAGCACAUAUAUUCAAAAUUUGGAAAUUAUUGGUGCUGCUUUUUUUGUUAGAGCUCUCCAUUGCCCUGGUGAUCACUAACAAAAUAUUAUGCAUUUUUUGAUCAUUUUCCAGAAUAUUUAGAAAAGGUGUGCCUGGGGUUUUGUUUCCUGCCUUGCACCCUGUGUUAGCUGGGAUUGGCUCCAGCAGACCCCCGUGACCCUAUAGUUAGGAUAUAGUGGGUUGGAUGGAUGGUGUGUAAUGCCAUAUGCCUGUGUUCAUUAUAAUCUUAACUGUGUUUUAUACAGUAUUAAUGAAGAAAAGAAGGGAAAAAAAACUCUUGUGUGUGAACAUAUUGGAAAAAUACACAACACGUUUUAGGUAUUUCUCAUAAAAACACAAAAGUGGGCAAGCUUGUUUGGGAACCAAAUGGCGUUCAGUUAAAGAGGCAGAAUAAAAACGUCUCCUUAAGACUUUUGAUAGAAUUUAAAAGUAAUCCAUGUAGGCCAAAAUCUGGCGUCUACGCUGACUUGGUGUGAGGACUCUUACAGGGUCUCUCAGAAGCAACAUUUGUGUUCAAAUGAAUACUCCAUUUGUAUAAAAAGAUCACAGCUGAGGCUUUUUCAUUUUCCCAAUGCAGAGGACAGCAACCUAAAAGCAAAUAUUUUUUCACAGCAGUAAGGCAUGUGUUGUAUGUUAAGUGCUAAAACAAUUUCUUUAAGGGACAGAGUUCAUAUUUAACGAACUGCAAAAUACAUUAUGUUUUAUUCAGCAUCAUCAAAAAACGUUUUUUGUGAAUGACUGGCAUUAUUAAUAACUCUACACACUGUUUGUCACGUAUAGGACACGUCGCUGUGCUCAGAUUAAGACAUGUCUAGUAUGAGGCUCCUGGACCCUGUGAGGUGAAUGGGGAAUGUGUAAGAGAGUAACGGCAAAAGUUACCCAGUAUUUAAAAUGAUCAAAUCUGUUUAUGACGUUAUGCAAAUAUUUACUCUUACAUUGUUCAGUCCUGCAAACUGCUGAGUAUCCCGAUGCACUGCAGCCUGUUAACAUCUUAACUGUUUCCUACAGUGCUGAUUUCUCUUAGUUUCGUUUUUUCGUGUCAAGAUGACUGCUGCUGCAAUACGGUCCCUCUGGAAGAUGACUGUUAGAGGUCCAGUCUUGUAGAUGGUAAGGGUAACUGUAAUGUCAAUUUAUGGACUCAUUUUUCAGCUCCGCUCACUUUUGUCAGUUUUUAGUAUUUUAGGACUGCUGUCCAUAAAGCGUGCGUCUAAUCCUUGUUCUGUAAGGUAUGCCUAAUGGCCUAAGCAUUGACACGUCCUGCCUUAUUAACUCUGUUUUCUCAAGUCACAUAAUCCGUUGUUUUUUCGGUUUCCUCGUGCUGCCUUUUGUGACAAGUCAGAAACAUUCGAGACCCUCCUUCAAUAAUUUGUCCAUUUGUGAAAUAAAUAAUACUGUAUUAUGUACAAUCUGUUUUAAGCUGGUGCCGGUGGGUUGGUAUCAUUUUUUAAAUGUGUCCCGUAUGUGGCAGUAACAGCACAUGGCCAGGUGGUUAUGGCUGCUUACACACGACACUUUUUUGUCCCAUUUUAUUUCUAGUCACUUUUACAAGGGAAUGCGUCAUUUUAAACUGCAGUUGAAAUUCACUUCUAAUUUACAGCCAAACUGUGCCAAACACAGCAGUGCAUGUGGAGCGAGAAAAGAAAUGAAAAUAUGCAACAAUAAUUUGUCUCAAGUUGACGACUGGUAAGGGAAUGCUGUACUUUAUAAACUGGUUCUUGUUCAUCCCAGUUCUUGUUAAUUAAUCUGUUUGUGGUGCCAGUGAGACCCCCAGUGUUCUGGUUCUAGCAGGAGUUUUGUUACAAAUGUAGGUCCUUGUUAUAUUUUUCAGGAAAAAUAAACCUGUUUUCAACUGGAAA